CAAGAGGUUUAUGCUAAUUAGCCCGGGCUUGGUCCCAGUGCUACUGUGCAAAGCCAGGGAUUUCUUCUGCGGUCACUCAGCUCGGGAAUUCACAAGUUUGAGGACUUGAUAAAAGUGGGUUGAACAGCUUGAAUCUGGCUCUGCUAACGACACUACACUGGGAACAGAAGAGUUAAAGCAGCACAGAUAACGAUUUUUAUCUUGAGUGAAAGCUUUUAAAAAUGCAUUUUUUGUGAAGUUAUUACACGGGUUCAGCGCACCGAAUUUGAUUUUCUUUGACCUUUUCUUUUUCUUGGUGCAACAUGUCCCCUCGGAGCCGCAGAAGCUGGGCUUCUCGUUUUAUCGGACAGACAUGUUCUCUCUUCGUGGUACUGUCAGGGAUUUUAGCAGUGCUGGGCAGCUGCACGACAUACAGAUUCACACAAGGGACCGCUUUUGAAGUAGUCCACCCUGUUAGAGUGGAUGAAACUGGGCAGUUUGUCUCCCACUCUGUGUCCCGUCGCAUGAGCAGGAUUCUCAGACGGGACCUGAGCUCCCAGGACAGCAGCAGCACUCCAGUUUAUUUCAAGCUCCAGUACAGCGGGCAGGACCUGCUCUUCAACCUGAGCAGAAACCCCCACCUGCUGGCUCCCGGCUUCGUCUCUGAGAGAAGGUACGGGGGCCUGGCUGGGGCCAAGAUUCGAACCCACAGCCAUUCCUCCUGUCAGUUCAUUGGAGAGGUGCAGGGCCAGGACUCCACCAGCGGGAAGGCAGCUAUCAGUACCUGCAACGGACUGAUGGGUGUUUUCCAGCUUUCCAAUGAAGACUUCUUUAUUGAACCUCUGGGGGGAGAGGAGCAGGAGGUUGGAGCAGCACAGCCGCAUGCCAUAUACAAACGGCAUGCCGCUGAGAGGGGCGGCGAGAGAGGGAGUGAGCCCCAACGCCAGAACAGCAUCAGCGAGGACUCCCCCGUUAAUGGGACCUGUGGAGUGAAGGAGUCCAGGAGGAGCUGGGAGAUGACGGAGAAGCGGCGGGUGAAGUGGGAGCAGAAGCAGCGCCUGCACAGGCGAAUCCGCCAGCGCUCCAUCAGCAAGGAGAAGUGGGUGGAGACGCUGGUGGUGGCCGACACCAAGAUGGUGGAGUACCACGGGAGCGAGCACGUGGAGGACUAUGUGCUGACCGUCAUGAACAUGGUUGCAGGAUUGUUCCAUGAUGCCAGUGUUGGAAACUCCAUCCACAUUGUGGUGGUUCGUCUGAUUUUAUUGGAGGAAGACGAGGAGGACCUCAAAAUAACCCACCAUGCGGACAACAGCCUCUCCAGCUUCUGCAAGUGGCAGAAGAGCCUGAACAUGAAGGGAGACGGCAACCCCACACACCACGACGUGGCUGUGCUGCUCACCAGGAAAGACAUCUGCGCUGCCAUGAACAGGCCCUGUGAGACGCUGGGUCUCUCCCACGUGUCGGGCAUGUGCCAGCCUCACCGCAGCUGCAGCAUCAAUGAGGAUACAGGACUGCCUGUGGCAUUCACCGUGGCACACGAACUCGGGCACAACUUUGGGAUUCAGCAUGAUGGGAACGGGAAUGACUGUGAGCCGAUUGGGAAAAGACCUUUCAUCAUGUCUCCACAGCUCCUGUACGGCAGCGCCCCGCCCAGCUGGUCUCGCUGCAGCCGGGAGUACAUCACCCGCUUCCUCGAUCGAGGCUGGGGGCUCUGUCUGGAUGAUCCCCCGGUCCAGGAUGUGAUCAAAUUCUCAACGGUGCCCCCUGGAGUGCUGUACGAUGCUGCUCACCAGUGCCGCCUGCAAUACGGCUCCAGAUCUGACUUCUGCGACGAUAUGGAUAAUGUCUGCAGCACCCUGUGGUGCACUGUGGGUAACACCUGUCACUCAAAGCUGGACGCCGCGGUGGACGGGACGAAGUGUGGCUCAAACAAGUGGUGCUUCAAUGGCGAGUGUGUUGCUGUGGGGUAUCGCCCCGAGAGCAUCAAUGGAGGCUGGGGUUCCUGGAGCAGCUGGUCAGCCUGCACUCGGAGCUGUGGUGCUGGGGUGCAGAAUGCAGAGAGGCAGUGCAACAACCCUGUCCCGAAGUAUGGUGGAAAAUACUGCCUUGGUGAGCGGAGACGAUACAAGAUCUGCAAUAUUGAUUCUUGCCAAUCGGAUAAACCUUCCUUCCGUCACAUCCAGUGCAGACAUUUCGACACCAUGCCUUACAAAGGGAAACUCUACGAGUGGAUCCCAGUGAACAACAGAAUUAACCCCUGCGAGCUGCACUGCCGCCCGCUCAACGAUUAUUUCUCAGAGAAGAUGCUGGACGCCGUCACGGACGGGACUCAAUGCUACGAGGGCAGCAUCAGCCGGGACAUGUGCAUCAACGGCAUCUGCAAGAAUGUGGGCUGCGACUACGAGAUUGACUCAAACGCAGUGGAGGAUCGCUGUGGGGUCUGCCACGGGAACGGCUCCACAUGCGAGACGGUGAAGAAGACCUUCGAGGAGAGCGAGGGAAUGGGCUACGUGGAUAUCGGGCUGAUCCCAGAAGGGGCGCGGGAGAUCCGUAUCGAAGAAGUGGCGGAAGCUGGGAACUUCCUAGCCUUGCGCAGCCAGGACCCGGAGAAGUAUUUCCUGAAUGGGGGCUGGACGAUCCAGUGGAAUGGGGACUACAAAGUGGCCGGGACCACCUUCACCUACGAGAGGAGCGGAAACCUGGAGAAUCUGACCUCACCUGGGCCCACCAGGGAGCCCGUCUGGAUCCAGCUGCUGUUCCAGGAGACAAACCCAGGGGUCCGUUACGAGUACACCAUCCGGAGGGACUUGGACAACGAGAACGAAAUCCAGCCCCCGGAAUUCUUUUGGCUGUACGGCUCCUGGACUGCAUGCAGCGCCUCCUGUGGGACAGGUGUUCAGAGGCAGGUUGUGCACUGUUUGGAGAGGAUUGCUGGGAUAGUGGAGGAGCGGUACUGUGACCCCGCCACACGACCUGAUGACAAGCAUGCCAGCUGCAACGAGGAGCUCUGCCCGGCCAGAUGGUGGGAGGGAGAGUGGCAGAAGUGCUCAGCUAGCUGCGGGGACACUGGGCUAAUGAAGAGAACCGUUCUUUGUAUUCAGAGCAUCGGGACGGAUGAACAGAGAGCGCUGCAGCCUUCAGAAUGUCAGCACAUCCCCAAGCCAGAGGCCGUUGCCCAUUGCAACAGGGAGAAGCCCUGCCCUGCUCAAUGGACUGUGGGCAACUGGUCAGAGUGCUCUGAGACUUGUGGUGGUGGAAUACAAAGACGUCCCAUAGGCUGCAGUAAAAACACAGGCACUGAUUGUGAUCCCAGAGAAAAGCCUAUAUCAGAAACAACAUGCAGCCCACAGCCGUGUCCCAGGAAGGUGGAUAUCUUUGGAUCAGAGUGGUCUGGAAGUGGAUCAUCGAGCAGAGAACUAUUCAAUGAAGUCGACUUCAUUCCCAAGAAUGACAACUAUCAACACCCUGUACCGGAUCAUGUGAUUCCCAAAUCACACCAGCCAGGCAAAUAUGAUGAUCUGAACCAUUUAAUUGAAGAUGAUUUUAUCAGACGCAGCCGUAUAGAGCCGACUGAUGAUAAGGGCUCCUCCCCCGGCAAAAAUGUGUUUGUGGAUGAUUUUUACUACGACUAUAACUUCAUCAAUUUCCAUGAAGAUCUGUCUUAUGAUCCUAUCGUCGAAAAAAAAGGAGAAAAAGAAGAAGAAGAAAAAAACAUCAAAGAAAAGAAACUGGGAGUAAAUGGUGUGGGUGGAGAAUCUGACCAAAAUUCACAUUGGGUAAAUGGCAUUGAUGAAGAAUCAUUGGGUCGUCCCAAAGAAAACACGACGUCAGCCACCCCAGAGGAGGCUGAUGCCUCAUCAGAGGACUCGUAUUCCACUCUAGAUACACCAUACAAUAGUGUGUUGAUCGAAGAAGAGAAUAAAAAUCUCCUGGGUGGGGAAAAUGGCAAACAUAAUAUGCCUGAAGCAGAGGAAGGCCCAUAUGAAGAAAAGGAGACUGAAACAACAAUGCCAGACCUAGCUGACACUGAAAAGGUGGACAAAGAGGUAUUCUACUUAAUUAACCAUCUGCUACCAGUUGUGAAUCCUACAAAGCAAUAUUUGGAUACAGCGAUACACAAUUCUUCAGAUAAAGAGAAGCAGACAAAUGGAGGCCUGGCUCCAACAGAUAGUCCAAGUGAGGUAGCUGUGACUGAGAUCCUUCAUAGCAACCAUUCUAUAAUCCCUCACAGCAUUGGUACUGAAAGCCAUGAGACAGACUUCACCGAGGAAGACAUCCAUGAGCAGAGUUUAGAGGAAUCUGAUGACGACAAUAAUGAAAACCCACAUGAAGAACACAAGAGUGAAGAUAACGAUUUUAAUCAAGAGGUUUUCAGUGAAACAGAUGAAAGCGAUGACGCUGAUGAAGAUGCGAGUGAAGGUCUGAACGACAUUAUUGACGAUGAGGAAGAUAUCAUUGAUGAUCUUGUUUUUAGUAUCGGAGAGGAUGAUGAAACAGGAGAUGAGGACAUUGAUUCCAGGAAUGAGAGUGAUUUCAGUCGGGAUGGCAUGAACGUGAUCGAACAAGAUUCUGCAGUAGGAGAUAGCAAUGAACAUGUUCCCAUUAAUAUUGAACUGGAAAGUUACUUGACAUCAAAGGAGCCCCCUGCAACCCCCCUAGUAUUAUCUGAUAAACUGGAUACUCCAAUCAUUUCUUCUUCUGAAGCCAUCCCUUUUACCUCAGAGCCACCACUAACAACUAUGUCAAACCAGUACAAUUUAAAUCCUAUUUCAGUGGAACUUGCAUUUGAAGUACAGGACACGGGUCAUUAUAAUAACGUAGGCGAUCAUGAUUAUGACCCUUCAGAUUCAGAACCAGAUUCUGCAACACCAAGAACAAAACCAACAACAGAGAAAAUUCAAACAACAGCUUUCUCCAUGCUCCACACUCCAGACUUACUCCCGCCCAUUAUAGAGCAUGGUUAUCCCUGGAAUACCAGACCUGACUCCAACAGCCAGCCACCACAUAACAGGCCCUUUGAAGACAAUCCGUCAGAUUCACAGACCGACUUCUAUUUCACAAGUUCACCCCCAGUUACAGUAACUCAAUUGGGGUUUUCACAAGGUAAAGUCUAUGGGGUGCCAGCUUCUGCAGAUGAUUUUUACCAAAAACAUGUGACUGCUCAGCCUUCUCAGAUGACACCCCAGAAGAAUAAAGCCCUCGCCGCCACCGCCAGCACCACAGAGUGGCUGGAGAUUGAUUCCAAUGAAAUCGUAGUUCCCGAGCACAUGCUGAGGCACAGGCAUGAAGACAGAGAGCACCAAACUACAGAUGCACCUCACAGUUCGAGCCAUACCAGUGGGUUUCAUCUUCAGAGGCAUCUCCAAGAGUCGUCCACGCCAGCCCUUGCAAAUCCAACAGAGCCGCUGCUGUCUACACAGUCGGCCAACAAAGACACAAGCGCAGCUGCUUUCUGGAGGGUGAGCCACUGGAGUGCAUGCUCCACCAGCUGUGGUCUGGGAGCGAUUUGGAGGCCAGUGCAGUGCAGCAGCCACAGGGAAACAGACUGUGACAUCACCAGGAAGCCAGCCCCUGCCCGGAGCUGCUACCUGAGACCCUGCUCAGCAUGGCGUGUGGGAGAAUGGAGCAAGUGUUCCAGUAAUUGUGGGGGCGGGAUGAAAGUGCGCGAGGUGCAAUGCACCGACACUCGAGACCAGAGGCCACUGAGGCCCUUCCACUGCCAGGCAGUCUCCCACAAGCCCCCGCUGCAGAUAUCCUGCAACUCCAGGCCCUGCAUGGACUGGUACACCUCGUCAUGGAGUGAGUGCUCAGAACUGUGUGGAGGAGGGGAGCAGGAGCGCUUCGUCACCUGUCCAGAGGUCGGAAGAUGUCAGGAGUCCAUGCAACCCAACAGCACCAAGGGGUGUAACGUGCACCCCUGCACCAAGUGGGUGGUGGGGUCCUGGGGCCAGUGCACUGCUACCUGUGGAGGGGGGAUACAGCGACGACUGGUGAAGUGUAUCAACACCAAGACCGGCGAUGCUGAGGAGGACAGCAGCCAGUGUGACCACGAGCCCUGGCCAGAGAACACACAGAAGUGCAACACGCAGGAAUGCAACAACGCCGAACCAAGUCACACUUGUGUAAGAAAUCGCCUGACCUUCGGUUUCUGCCAGACCCUGAAGCUCCUGGGAAGGUGCUUCCUCCCUACUGUCCGAGUGCAAUGCUGCCAGACCUGCACUCUGGGGGGCUACGGGGUCCGAGAACGGGGCAAUGAGCGCGCCACACGUAGGUUUGUCAAGGCAGACCAAAGUGCAACCACCAGUAACUUGAACCCUUUAAAGACGGUGCUACGAUCAAUGAGAGCGGUGCUAUCGACAGUCCUGCAUUCUUCGCUUGCUCUGGGGGUGUUGGCAGGCCAGCAAAGUAACUUUCCAUACUUGAUCUGUGGUUUUAUAAUAUAAUAAUAAUGCUACUGUAUAUCAGAGUCUUUGUGACAGCCUUACACAGGAAAGUAAAUACACAUUAUUUGUGUUCAUUGAAUAGAUCUAGAAUUUCCAGAGCAAUCAUUUUAUAUUUUUGUUCGGUUUGUAACAAACAUAGGAAUAUAUUUACAGCUUAAACAGAUUAACAGAGUAGGUCUAAAAGACUAUGAUACACGAAUGUAUUUGUAAUGUUCCUGUGGUGGCAUGUCUAACAUAACAAUUCAGUGACUCUUCAGUAAAGGUUCUGCACCAUUGCUGUGUUUAGGAGUGGGAAUCCGCUGUUACUCUGCACCCAUUGUAUAAAAAAGAUAGCGGCUCCAUUCUCACAGCCUCUUACUCCAAAUCAUUAUCACAAGGGAAUACAAAUCAUUUACUAUAUAAACCCUAUCAGGAGAGUGCUCCUAAUGAAAUCUCUGAGCUGUUUAUUCUGGGUUGGUAACUUUACUGGGUACCUUUCUACCAGCUGGCAAAUCUUUGCUAAUGAUGGUUUUGAAUAAAUGUUUUUAUGAAGCUAGCCCAACGUCCUUAUGCAUUGAUUAUAUGUUUCUUAGUGAGCUGUAAACAAUCUUUUUUUUUUACAUUCAUAGAAGGUAGCAAGGACACUUAAAAUUGUAUGAUCUGUUCUGUACUUAAAGUGGUUCAUCCACAAGUCACAAGUUUGCUGUGCAUGUUAAGAUCUGUAUUCAAGAUGUACAAUGUAUUUGUACAGACAUAAUGUAUUUGUUUGGUAUGGGUGAUGGUGUCUGUUGUAAGCAUUUCAAAUGGUGUUCCAUUUAAAAAACAAACAUUAUACACAGAGGAUAAAGACAGAGUACAGAGUCAUAUAUAUUUCCAAUUAGGCUGUUAAGUUGUAAAAACCCAGAGGACACAUUUCAAAUGCAUAGUGGUUGAGAUCAAUGUAAUAGUAAUCUGCCAUCCAGAUGAAUCUCAUGAGUCACAUGGGGAACUGGUUCUAGAACUCAAAGCAGAAUGUGCAAGCUCACUGAUGUAUUCUUCUAGCCCAUUCUGAAUAAUAUGUUCAAUGAAAUAUUUAAGGAGAUUCUGGAGCAAAGUCUAAAGGAGUAAGUACCUCUAUUCUGACACUACAAUGUUAUGCUGGAGGUAUGUUACCUAUGGUACUGGGAUUUAUUGUUUCAUUCCAGGUAACACACAAUACAUAAGGGCACUCCAUGAACGGUAAUGAGGUAUUGGUUCAUGUAAGUUUGUGUACUAUUCUAGUAAAGUACACUGGACGGUAAGGAAAGUAUGUUUGAAACAAUUUCAUUCGGGGAAUGGCUUUCCUUUUAUUAGCUGGAUUGAAUGAAUGCAGUAUAGUUUCCACUAUAUACCUUCACACAGUAGCACUGCACACAGAAACGUAUUUUUCUUGUUGUAUACACAGAUGUAUUUUUUGUAGAAUACAAUGGGAGCAGUUGUCUGAUGAAGUGCAAUGGUGCGCUUUAAUUAAACUAAACUCUGUAGCUUGUUCUGUUUCAAUCAUUGACCUCAGCUUCUAAACGAUCACCUGGAAGAUUUAGUCCAAACCCUAUAUAGCUAUUAAGGGUGUGCACGCUGCUCGUCUGUUGGUAUUCUUUUUUUCCUUUCUUUUGUCAUGAUUUUUGUCAUUUCUUUUUAAACUAUUUAAAACUUGUUUUGUACUCGUGUCAAUUCCAAGAUUGUAAUAAAUAAAUAAAUAAAUAAA